UUAUUCUUCUGCAAAAUUAGUAAACAAACAAAUGUUCGCGUUGUAAGUUCUCCGCAGCAAAACACCAAUUUACAAAUUGCAAAAUACGUGGAAUGAUCUUUAUUCAUCAUUAAAUCAUCGACCGUAAGGAUAAAGUUAAUGGAAUUCACUACGAAUUAACAUUUGCAUGAUGUCCGAAGGUGCUGCUACUUCAGAAUUUAAGGAUUAUGUGCCCAAAAUUGGACUCAUUUAUCACAAAGAAUCUAAUCAGUUGAUAUUCUGUAAACCGAAAUUAAUGCCUUUGAAAUCGGUUACUCUAGAGAAAUUGGAGAAGCUGCAGCACGAAGCUGACAACGUUUUGAAAAAUUCCAAGUCACCGAAAAAUAAUUAAAUUUUGUCGAGUAUUUGGAAGUACCUAUUCAUAAUGAUUACGCCGCUUUCAUUAUUGGUGGAGAUCGUCGUCGUAUUCGUGAUCACCGCACUGCUUCUGCACAAAUAUGGAGACUGGAAGAGGCAAAAUGCUAUGAUUAUUUUAGUCGUUCUAAUAUCGUGGUACUUUUCAUUGCUGACUGUAUUCGUAUUACCCUUGGAUAUUUCUUCGACGACGUUUCGUCAAUGUAUGGAAUUGGGAGUGGAGAAUGCGAGUACUAAUGGAUCUCAUCAUUCUACUACUUGCAAAGAACCAUGGAGCUAUGUACCUGAAGAAGUGCUGCCAAGACUGUGGCGUAUUGUUUACUGGACAUCACAAUUUCUAACAUGGGUUCUGUUGCCAUUAAUGCAAUCCUAUGCUAGAGCUGGUGACUUCACAUUCUAUGAGAAGCUGAAAUCAGCUUUGAAAGACAAUAUUUUGUAUUACGGAUCUUACGUGUGUCUAUGCGUAAUUUGUUUAUUCUAUAUUAUUUUAUACACGGAUAUUCCUUUAGACGGAUCGAAACUAAGAGCAAUAGCAUCGUCAGCCAGUAACACUUGGGGUUUAUUUUUAUUAAUUAUUCUAUUAGGAUACGCUUUGGUAGACGUACCUCGAAAGCUUUGGUUUUCCGGAAACCCUCAGUUAUGCUUGUUAAGGAGUUAUUUUCAAGUUUCAAAAUUAACGUCUGAUUUUUACGACGCUGAAGCGGAGUUGAAAAACUUGAUACAAAGAAUUUACAUAACUGAGGCUAGGAUACCGGAAAAUGAUCCUUUGAGAGUUUAUGUGGACAUAGUUUGCAGCAUUAUACCUGUUCAGUUCCAUCCGACUGCUGCGAGGGUUAAUUCAGAUCGAUCCUCGACAACUCCUUCGCCCACGAAAGAAGUUCUAGUACAGUAUCAUAAACAGUUGAAAUCCGCCCUUCACACGUAUCGCAGAACUCACAUACAAAGAGAGCGUAUGUUCGAUCAAGUUUACGAAUUGCAAAAAAUAAUUUCAAAUAGAAAGGAAGAUUAUCAAAAUUAUAAAGAUUAUUUAGUUCAGGGUCCAUUCCAGUGGCCUGAUAAAUGGCGAUUAUUUUGCUUCGAUUAUUUAUGGGCAGCUAUAUGGAAACCUGUGGUGAUGAAGGUGUUAUCUACAAUCUCGAUCGUUAUGUCUGCCGCAGUUGUGUGGUCUGAGUCGACAUUUUUCAAAGAAAACCCAGUGCUCUCUGUGUUCGCAUUGUUGAUCAGGGGUUCCAAGUCGAAUUAUAAUUACGCCGUGAUCGAGAUCUUAUGUGCUGUAACUCUAGCUUAUUUGUGUUACUGCGCUUACUCCACCGUAUUCAAAAUACGUAUUUUUAAUUAUUAUCAUUUCGCUCCUGAUCAUCAAACUGAUGAAAAUAGUUUGAUAUUUUCGGGCAUGUUGCUGAGCAGAUUGACGCCGCCAUUAUGCUUGAAUUUUCUCGGAUUAAUCCACAUGGAUAGUCAUAUUAUUAAAAAACGUAUUCUAGAGACUCAGUAUACUCAGAUAAUGGGCCAUAUGGAUGUGAUUUCGAUAAUCAGCAAUGGAUUCAAUACUUAUUUCCCCAUGGUGAUGAUCAUCAUUAGUACAGCAACGUAUUUCAAUAUAGGUUCACAUUUGCUAUCGGCCAUCGGUUUCCCGCAAUAUUUCGCCGAUGAUGAAAUCACCGAAGAUAUAGUCACCGAAGGACAGAGGCUUGCUUUAGCUGAAAAAGAUAAACGUUUAAGAAGAGGACUUCUGUCACCUAAUGAGCUACCUGAAAGUACGUACAGAAAUGAAGAUAGUUCACGUGGUCGUCGUUUCAAGCGAGAUCGUUCAUCAACUGAUGAAAGUUCGUUCAAUUCUAGUAAAUUCGAAAUGAAUCUUCAAGCUUCGUCUCCCAGAGAAACAUUCCCAUCGAAGAAUAUAUUCGACGAUGUGUAGAUAAGUUUAUAUUAUUAAUUUAUGAUUUUUUUACACAAUGAUAGUGAUCUCGAUUUGAUUUUUUACUCGCGCUUUUGUAUGUAGAACGAAAGCGUUUAUGAAAGAUAUUCAUGUAAAGUUUAACAUACAGUUUGUUCAAUGGUCAGUGUAACUGUAGCUAUAUAACUUGGUCUAGUCUUGUAACAUAUGAAAUAUGUUAGAUUUAUACUUGCGUUUAUUUUUAAUAAAUUAUUUGCAGUUUCAAA